CAAUUGUCAAAAGCAAACAAAGUUUAAUUGCUGAACAACAAAAUCAAAUCAGAGAAAAUAAUCUUUUGCUUGGUCAAUUAGGUAGUGUAGGAUUGUUUGUCCAACUUAAUCGAUACCAAUUUUUGGCUAA